CUGCCAAGUUGACGCAAAAGGCUAGCCACGUUGUGAAAGAGCGAUUUGCUGCCAAUCCGCGACUUAAACUAAAUUAAAGCACAGCUAAGAUGGUGUUGGAUUUGGAUCUUUUUCGCAGCGACAAGGGCGGCAACCCGGAUGCCGUGCGCGAGAACCAGAAGAAACGUUUCAAGGAUGUUGCGCUGGUGGAGACAGUGAUCGCGAAGGACACGGAAUGGCGUCAGUGCCGCCACCGCGCCGACAACCUGAACAAGGUGAAGAAUGUCUGCAGCAAGGUGAUCGGCGAGAAGAUGAAGAAGAAAGAACCGGUGGGCGCAAUGAGCGAAGACCUCCCGGCCGGCGUGACCAAGGACCUCACCGAGAUCGUGGCAGAGACACUGCAACCGCUAACUGUCAAUCAGAUCAAGCAACUGCGCGUGCUCAUCGACGAUGCCAUGACGGAAAACCAGAAGUCGCUGGAGCUGGCCGAGCAGACAAGGAACACCUCGCUGCGGGAGGUUGGAAACCACCUGCAUGAGUCCGUCCCUGUUUCCAACGACGAGGAUGAAAACCGCGUGGAACGGACCUUUGGCGACUGUGAAAAGCGCGGGAAGUACUCCCAUGUGGACCUUAUUGUAAUGAUCGAUGGUAUGAACGCUGAAAAGGGAGCUGUAGUGUCUGGCGGACGCGGAUACUUCCUUACCGGAGCUGCCGUAUUCCUGGAGCAGGCUCUUAUUCAACACGCUCUGCACUUGCUGUACGCUCGUGACUAUGUUCCACUGUAUACGCCCUUCUUUAUGAGAAAGGAGGUAAUGCAGGAGGUGGCCCAGCUAUCGCAGUUUGAUGAAGAGCUCUACAAAGUUGUUGGCAAAGGCAGCGAGAAGGCCGAAGAGGUGGGUAUUGACGAGAAGUACUUGAUUGCCACCUCGGAACAACCGAUUGCCGCCUACCAUCGGGACGAAUGGCUGCCAGAGGCAUCGCUGCCUAUAAAAUACGCCGGUCUGUCUACGUGCUUCCGACAGGAAGUGGGCUCCCAUGGACGCGACACUCGCGGCAUUUUCCGCGUCCACCAGUUCGAGAAGGUUGAACAGUUCGUGCUCACCUCUCCGCACGACAACAAGUCGUGGGAAAUGAUGGACGAGAUGAUUGGUAAUGCGGAGCAGUUCUGUCAGUCACUUGGCAUUCCAUAUCGCGUAGUGAACAUCGUUUCCGGAGCUCUCAACCAUGCUGCCUCGAAGAAGUUAGAUCUGGAGGCUUGGUUCGGCGGCAGCGGGGCAUACCGAGAGCUUGUCUCGUGCUCCAACUGCUUAGACUACCAAGCACGUCGCUUGCUGGUUCGUUACGGCCAGACAAAGAAAAUGAACGCUGCCGUCGACUAUGUGCACAUGCUGAACGCCACAAUGUGCGCUGCCACUCGCGUAAUCUGCGCCAUUCUGGAAACCCAUCAGACGGAGACAGGUAUCAAGGUGCCAGAGCCGCUGAAGAAGUACUUGCCCGCCAAGUUCCAGGACGAAAUUCCAUUCGUCAAGCCUGCACCAAUUGAUCUGGAGCAGGCUGCCGCCGAGAAACAAAAGGGCAAGAAAGAAAAGACCAAGAAGGACCCGGCUGCCGGUUAAAACUAAAGUUUCCUCAAUUACUAUGAAAUAUACUGCUAAACUAAGCUUGCAAAGUCCUCAAAAUUUUUGUUACUUAUCGACUUAUCUAAUAUUUAUGGCAUUUAUAUGAACUUUAUAAUAAUUAAAAUGGAUCAAGCUGUGCUUUGAAUGCAA